UUCUGUUUCUAUCUCGGAAAAAUUUGUGUAGAGUCAUCUGUAAACGCAAGCAGUUAUCUGUAAAUGCAGGCGGCGAUACUUCGCCGGAGAUGUUUUUUGACGAAGUAUUUUUUGAGAAAUCGAUGAGACAUUUAUACUGGUGUGCAUGAGGGAUACCUCGUCUUGCGUCUUUUUGAAACUGGUGGUGUACUUCAGUAGCAAGCGAAAAGAUCUUCCUAAACACUGGCUUUCGUGCCAGGCCAGAAAAAUCAACAUGAAGCUAAUGAGAAACGAAACUCUGUAUUUUUCGUUUUCAAACUGCAUGACGGCUUAAGGAGCCGCGCAUUUGAUACCGAAGGCUACGACGACACGCUGACAGGCGACGCAAAAGAUGUUUACUGGUGUCUUCCUCUUCGGAGGUUUCAUAUUCUUUAGUAUCUACCGCCGAUGGGUCACGUACAAUCUGAACGUCACUGGCAGAUAUUGGACAGCAUACUACAUCUGGUUUUAUCUUUUCCUCCUCGGACUCUUUUUCGUGGACUUGCAGCAUGUAUAUCAGUAUGAAAUAUGCGACUUUGUUAUGGCAGCAAGACCAACAAAAGCUUUGGAAAGAAUAAUGUCUCGGGCUAGAAAAGAAAUUUUUAUUUCGUCAAGUGGUGUAAAGAAAGUUCGUCACCAAGGUUGCGAGUCGACAAUUACCUGAGUACGAAAAAACGUGCAAAUACUGUAAGAUUUAGACAAAAUUGAAGAUCUUGUUUUAUCAUCUCUACAACAAACUAUCUACGCAUACACUUCCGAGCGGUUUUUACCAACAAUAUAAUUCAGAACUACCUCAUUCAUAUUCUACUGGUUGCGGGCGAGCGACAAGUUCAGCAUCUCCUUGUUACCAGCGGACGAACAGGAGCGCUAUUUUCUGCCGAACUGGCUAAGAAUUAUGAGUCUUUGUACGCCCUUCUUUGUAAUUGCGACUUUCCUGGUAUCCCUGGUGCAUACCGUGCAACACCACUGGCACAUCGACACCGUGCUAGCGAAGCGACAGCGUGCAGCGGAAACUGGCGUAUUGUCUCAGAGCCUGAAACAUUAAGGCACAAAGUUUGAUGACAUGUUCACUUUUGCUUAUGAAACGAACGUAUUAGUAUUUAGAAGGCGUUGUGUGUUCCUCGUCGAUGAUGUAAUUCAAACACAAAAUAGUAUUCAAAAGGAUUCCAGCUGUUCUUCUAAAAAGAGUAUUUGGAAUUGUAUGGUUUCCGGUCCGGCGCGGCAGAGAAGGGCAGUGGACCAGCUUCGCUUUUUAGCUAUACUGUGUCGGCCAGUCAUGGCGGGCAUUCGGCGCCGACGUCGCAAGCAACCGCCAUUGCAGAGUCCCCAAAAGUCGGUCCUGCUUUAGCAACGAACUCUUCAGCGCCAGAUACAAACGCAACACUAGUGGAGGAAGACAAGCCGUCGUUUUUUUCGUCACUGUUUAUACCUAAAGAUGAGGAGCAUAUCAAGGACCCAUUCCUCGAGGCGAUAUUUCCACACGAUCUUUCGAUCCAAGUGAUCGCACUUCCUUGUGUGUACUCGAUGAUGGCAUUCAAAUCAGUCGUCCGCGUAUGGAUGUUGAUGACAGGAAGCACGCACAACACGAACGCGGCAGAUAUCGAAUCUUUAUGUUGUACUUGAACAUUAAAUGUUCUCUACUACAUGUAGCUUCAAAGUAUCAUCGGCUGAUGAAGAUCUGACAGUUCACUUGUGUAGAAGCGGUUCAUGCAUACUAUUAGGGUACAGUUGUAAUGGAAGUUUUCUGCGAAAAGCUUCUGUUUCAUCAACCAGGAAAAAGCAGCUUGUCGAUUACUACGAAAGCAAUUACCAGUUAGCCGACCUCUACGAAGCGUGGGCCAUUUGGUGUUAAGGCUAAAUUUGUACUGCGCUGUCGUAAGAGUGGUUGUACUAGUACUAGAGUUGUGCCAGUACUACAAGCAGGAAAUUCAGAGUAGUUCUACGGGUAAUGCGGUUCUCGAUAAUCGCGGUGACCGCAAGACGUCUGGUCUGUAAACGUGUCGGAAGAAUUGGACAUUGUCCCCUCUAAUGUUACUUCAGCCGUCUCUGCGUCCGACAGGUGAAGAAUGUGAGCCGACAGGAGCGAUGGGAGGGUACGGCCAAACGCCUCUUCAAGCCGCUCAGUUCUAUCACCCUCUUGGGAGUACAAACGUUUGUACUGGUGUACGGGUUAAGCUGUUUCUAUCAGCUCUUAUGUUAAGGUUCUUGCGUUAGAUAGGCGGCCAGAGAAGAAUAAUGAUGGUUUCUCCACUCUGGUAAUUUCAAGCACUAGGUUCACGUUGUUUCCUUGGCGGCAAGUUGAAUUCUUCGACCUGUUGAAGAAUCAUCUGCAAGCAGAUGUACUCAAGCACCGAUGCGUCAAGGACACAAAUUACGACAAACAGUGUAACCGCUACAGGUAUGAACACAGUACUUCUCUAAAGCCCGUUGUGAGCUUAGUGAAGAAGACUGUGGGUCUCAAUGUCACGCAACUGCCUGUCGUUGGUGAAGCAAUGGCCAGCGUCGGGACUUACAUAUCGGGAGCAGGAUUUGUCGCGAGCUGUCUUGCAUUGUACUUCAUAAUUUUUCAUCUGCUUAUCCAUGGCAGUUUUCUAUCGUCUUUGUAUUGUUCCGCAGCACAUGACAAAUUCAACAUCUCCGAUAUCAAGGCAGCCGAGAAGGUACCCGAUACCAAACUCGAGCAGGUACAACAUCAUCCUAUUCGAGACGCAACUUCACGAGUGGCUCGACCGAUUUGAUCCUUUCUGGAAAUUUUGGGGUGCGAAGGUCCUUGUCAGUCUUGCAUUUCUCCAAACGUUUGUGCUAAAGCUGGUCUUAGUCGAUGCGUUACACUGGCUGACGGAACCACAGCAGAUGUUGUUCUAUUUAAGGCACGAGGGUAAAAAUAUUCAUACCUAAGAGUCAGCAGGUGUGUACCUGAGCAUGAAAUUCUUGUUGCGUCGAGGAUUAAAGCAGUUAUUGCUUGUGCGGAGCUCUAAUUCUGUCCACAUUGACAACGAUGGAGUGCCUACCGAUAGCAUUGCUGCACAUGCGGGCAUGGGAUCACAAUGCGGAGUGGUUUGCCGACCCCGAAUGGAUGCUGGGAUCCUUAGAUGCUUCACUCGCUGGCACGCCGCGGGAAGCAACCACUGCCGAACGCGAAGCACGCGCAAAGAUUUUAAGACUUCAAAUAUUUUCGCUUCAUCUGAAAACAAAGUUCACGUUAUACAUGUGAGCUGAAGUGCCCAGGUCGCCUAUAUUAUCAUUAGUUUGUCAUUGUCUCUAAGAAUCGCGCUUUUCCGCUCUUCGCCUCCGCCAGGAAAGGAUAUGGCGGGAGCGCUCGAAAAGCCCCUCCUGGUCACGGUUCCAGCCUCGUAGCAUCUAUUCGGUUGCGGUUCGGAGGAUAAAGAAUGGGUGUAGUUUACGACGUGACUAGUACCCUCAUUCGAAUUCCCAGAUGCGAGAGACUAGAAAUCCAAUCCAGAUACUGAGUGACAUGAGCCACGUUUUUUUCUGGUAGUUAGCUAAGUAGGACGCUGACGCUGCGGCACUGGAUCAGAAGGCUUCGGCUUUCAGUGGGGUUUUGGAUCAAGUUUCACAAUGGACCACAAGAUCUCGAAGAGUAGGCUUGUAUGGCUUGUCGGCAGAGCCGUCACAAAGACGCGGGACAUCGGGAGACGCCGGAUGAGCUGGCGUGGGGCCGUGUCGUAAGUGUGUGUAAAAACGCCAGCAAGACGGUCUCACCAAGACGGUCUCACCAAGCCGCUUUUUCGACGUCUGUUCAUG